AUGUGGAGGAAUAAGCGCACAACAGUAGAUAGUGAUACAUUACAAGAUAUUGCACAUCAAGUACAACAACUCUGUGUUCCGACAGACCUCAGCACCGCAUUUCAUGCUAAUAAAAUACAUGCUCUAAGGAAACUCAGGUUCCUUCUACAGCAUUCUACAAAGCGCACUCUACGACGCUGCGAUGUGAAUGAGCUCGUAUAUUCGUCCUUAACUCUCUUAUACUAUUUCGGUAUGCGGUUAAAAAUGGAGAAACUAAAAGGCAAAAUUUGUAUUUAUUCCACGAAAAGGCAGUUUACUAUCAUAGAAGAAGUAUUUCAGCGAAUUAUGGAGUACUUGCAUCCCGAAUUUGGUGAAUUGUGCAUAAAAACCACGCUUCGAUUUUUCUCUGAAGUCUCGUUGUGGACGUUUGAAAAUUUCGUCAGUCAAAUUCUUGAAGUGCUUUUGUACUAUAAUGGAGGAAAGAUUACCCUAUUCAAUUUAAUGCUAACAGACAUUCAUUGCAUCGUCUUUAGUGACUUAGUAUCUGCGAGGCAUAGAACGAGAGUCCUAUACGAACUGUUAAAAAGUAAAACCUGGGUCAUCGACAGUCAACAUCUGCUGCCAUUUGUUACACGUUUCUUAAACUUUUUUACGAAUAAUGCUACUCAUGAACGAAAAACUUACCAGUACCUGAAAAAGGGGUUCGAUGUGUGCUUGAGGCGCAUUUUUGAAAGAGCAGAAAAUAACCAAAGACUUUCGAUAGUAACAACAAUUUUGAACUGGUUUGCCAUGGUCAAAAUUGAUAAAGAUAAUAUUUUGCAACUUUCUUCGUUACUGGAAUAUGCUGCUCAAUUGUAUCGAGUCGGUCGGUACAGAGACAGUUUCCGAGCUGGUUUCUUUCACCAUGUUGUCACUAAAUUUAUUGGAUCUACGAAUGCAUUGUACAGCUAUUGCGGUUGCCGAAUAUUGGCACGUUUCUUGGAUCGGCAGAAGAAUUUCACAUAUUUAUUGGAGCCUACAAUCUAUUACGAAUUCUCCCAGGUUCCUUUGAGAGUUGGACACUAUGAUAGCAGCGACAAAGCGUUCAUAAGAGAGCAUCGAGAAUUGUUCCAUGAUUAUUUUGUUAAGGCUUUCGAGAUGUACCACUUCAAUCAAGCGAACGUAGAGGCUUUAUAUUUUGUGUUGUCAUGUUUGGUAUUAGAAGUGCCGUGUGGAUUGACGGCAGCCGCGGUCACAUGCAUGGUGAUGUUUAUUCAGGACUUUGCCAUAACAACGAAUAAUAUACCUCAAAAGUGUCGGUUUUGGUUGCAUGCUGUUGUGUUAUCUAUUAUGUCCCUUAUAUGCUGGGUGCAUAAAGCACCAGAUUUAUACCGUUAUGUGAAUGAAAUAGUAUCUCGGAGGGCGAAAGAAGCGCCUCAAUUGAAUCCACCUUUGUUGAAGAAUUAUAAGGAGGAAUCGCAACGUGUGAGUUGGAACAAAGAUACAUUAUUCUUCGAAGAUUGGGAACUCCGAUACGGGUUGUGGAAACAUUUUAGGAGUUCACAGAGGCAGAAGUUAAGUAAAGUACGAUCCGUAGAAGAGAAGAGGCCAAGUAUUGACUUCCAUUAG